AUGUAACGGCGGGACGUAAACAGAGGAGAGGAGAGCCGAGCAGCCACGGUCCGAACCGGACAGAGCCGCAGUCUGUUUGGGCCGAACCCGUCCGUCGCAACAGAACAACAUUUCCUUCCAACUUCAGCUACAGUGUUAGCUAAGUUCGGAGGGGAGGAAAAGGAGGAACGCCGCGUUUUCUUUUGCUUUUUCAUUUCUCCGCUUCUUGCUGCCGACGGUUGGAGCAGAAAGCGGCUGGACAAAGAACCGAACCUGAACCGAACCUGAAACCGCGAGAAGCAGGAUGGACAACACUGCGAGCAAGAAGGAGACAUGGAGCGAGUCCAUCAGACGGUUCUUCUCCUCAGCCCGGUUCCUCAUCUAUAUGGGUCAUGCUCUGUCUACAUGGGGUGACCGGAUGUGGAACUUUGCGGUGGCCGUUUUCCUGGUGGAGCUGUACGGGAACAGCCUGCUGCUCACGGCCGUUUACGGCCUGGUGGUGGCCGGGUCCGUUCUGCUGCUGGGCGCCAACAUCGGCAACUGGGUGGACAGGAACCCCCGGCUGAAAGUGGCCCAGACGGCGCUGCUGGUCCAGAACAGUUGCGUCAUCACGUGCGGCGUUCUGCUGAUGCUGGUUUUCCACUUCAAGGCUCAGCUGGUGGAGCUCUACAACGGCUGGAUCCUGACCUUCUGCUACAUCCUGGUCAUCAGCAUCGCCAACGUGGCCAACCUGGCCAGCACGGCCACCUCCAUCACCAUCCAGCGGGACUGGGUGGUGGUGGUGGCCGGCCAGGACAGCAGCAGCCUGGCCGACAUGAACGCCACGGUGCGGAUCAUCGACCAGCUCACCAACAUCCUGGCGCCCAUGCUGGUGGGCCAGAUCAUGGCGUUCGGCUCGCACUUCGUGGGCUGCGGCUUCAUCUCCGGCUGGAACCUGGCCUCCAUGUGCGUGGAGUACGGCCUGCUGUGGAAGGUCUACCAGAAGACGCCAGCGCUCGCCCUGAAGGCCGGACACAAGGAGCAGCAGCACGAGCUCAAGCAGCUCGGCCCCCAGAAAGACUGUGAGAACGGCCAGAGUCCUGAGGAAUCGUCUCAGCCGCUGAUGGACGGCUCGACGCCCGGCGCCGCGGACCCUGGCGAGGCGGCUGGCUGCUGCGGCGCGGCGAGCCGGCCGCUGCGGACCUUCAGGGCCGGCUGGGUGGCCUACUACAAGCAGGACAUCUUCCUGGCCGGCAUGUCGCUGGCCUUCCUCUACAUGACGGUGCUGGGCUUCGACUGCAUCACCACGGGCUUCGCCUACACGCAGGGCCUCAACGGCUCCAUCCUCAGCCUGCUGAUGGGCGCCUCCGCCAUCUCCGGCAUCUGUGGCACCGUGGCCUUCACCUGGAUCCGCAAGAAGUGCGGCCUGAUCCGGACGGGCUUCAUCUCCGGCACGGCGCAGCUCUGCUGCCUCCUGCUGUGCGUCUUCUCCGUCUUCGCCCCCGGCAGCCCCUUCGACCUGAGCGUGUCGCCCUUCCAGGACCUGUACGCCCACCUGAUGGGGCAGCAGAGCCCCGAGGCGGAGCACAGCCUGGGCGCCGCCUUCAGCACCAACGCCACCACGCCGCCGCCGGCCCACGAGCCGCCGCCGCUGCAGUCCUACAUGUCCGUCAGCCUGCUGUUCGCUGGCGUCAUCGCCGCCAGAAUGGGUCUGUGGUCCUUUGACCUCACCGUGACCCAGCUCAUCCAGGAGAACGUGAUCGAGUCGGAGCGCGGGGUGAUCAACGGCGUCCAGAACUCCAUGAACUACCUCCUCGACCUGCUGCACUUCAUCAUGGUGAUCCUGGCGCCCAACCCCGAGGCCUUCGGCCUGCUCGUCAUCAUCUCCGUGUCCUUCGUGGCCAUGGGUCACGCCAUGUACUUCCGCUUCGCCUUCAAGAGCCUGGGCAGCCGCCUCUUCCUGUGCUGCUCGCCGGAGCAGAAGGCGGAGACGGAGGCCUCGCCCCCCACCACCGUGUAGAGCCGCCAUUACAGAGACUCUGUCCCAGCCGGACCGCCCUGCCUCUCAUUCACCCAACUAACACCAACGCUUGUAGCUGUUAGCAUCCUGAUUGUAGCUGUUAGCAUCUUGAGAGUAGCUGUUAGCAUCUUGAUGGAGGGUUAGCGUCACAGUAAACUAGCUUGUAGCUUUCGCUAAGACGGGGUUUAUUAACACGUAGUUUAGUCGAGGCUCCGCCUCCUCCAUCAGACCCGAGGUACGACGUCCUCCCGUUGGCCGGCCGUAUGCGGCGGCGGGCGGUCAGGGAAGCGGGCGAUGGGUUGCGGGUUGAAGGCCUCCUGCCUCCUACUUAACCAAACUCACUGGCCUCUUAAAGGGUCCGACUAUAUUUAUUCACCAACUUAUUAGCAGUAUUGUGUUUUUCUUGUGCCAAACAAGAAGUCUCGCAUCGCAAUAAUGGCUCUGAGUUACCAAAGUCUCUGGUGAAAAAGGAAGUGAGGGAAGCCAGGUCUCUGCAGUACGUCUCCGCGCCUGCAGGUGGCAGCACCACCGCAGGCAGGCUGAGUUCUUUCUCCCAGUACUAGAGAAGAAAAUCGUCCUUUCAUGUAGUUUGCGAUAAUGUUUCAGUUCUACAGUGAUUUCUGAUCUGAUUGUUGUUACUCAGGCACUUUAUGUGAUUGACGUCUGUCAUUACACUGAUCUUUGGGCACUCGUUCAGUUUCUUAGUUUAUUUUAGCACAGCAUUGAAGCCCCGCCCACUAACCGCGGUCCGCCUCAGUCACGGGUCGCCUGCGGCGGACGACAACAAAGGCACAUAUUCUAAACUCUUAGCAGCCAGGAGAAACUGCCAGUUCCUCAAACUGACCAGCCGUCGCUUCCUGUCCUGCCCUGACGCGUCAUGCAGGUUCUUUGUUCCUCGUUUUCAUGAACCUGGUCUUCAGAGAAGACUCAACAGUUUUCUUUGGACUUUCGCUGCUGAUCAUUUGCUGCAGUUCAGUUUUCCUUCAGCUCAGGCUUCGUCAUUCAGGCGGCGGCGAAACACAGCCAGCCUCUGGACGCCGCCGCCGUCCUGCUCUGAUGACCUCAGCCUCAGGUCAGGUUUCCUUCAUUAGGGUCAAAUAAAGGCCACUGGAUUCAAUAACAGCUUUACAAAAGAUCCUCCUGCAGAUGAACAGAAGAAAAUUCAACCUGAAUGAUUUAACUUCUAAUCCUGAGGUAAAUUCAGGCAAAGUCCAAAAAACCCGAAAGCUUCAGAAAGCCUGAAAACCGCUGAUCAUUUCACAUCCAGACUGACUUGUUACAUGUUAGAUGGUCUUGAGUAAAACUCUGCAGACCUUCUGCAGGUUUUUGUCUUUUCUUUGGACCUUGGCUGCAGUUUCAUUCGAGCACGAAGCCGACUUUAACAUUGUGGCCCAACAGAACCUGAAAAAUGUUCUUACUGGGACUUUAUUUGAGUUCUGGGCUGAAAAUAAAUAAAACGGCAAAGAAAGUCCAAUGAAAACUCCUGAAAGUCUUUAGAACUAUCAGUGAGGUUAAGUCAGAAUUUGUGGCAGAAUCAGAACUUUUUCCAGUUAAAUCUGUCAGAAUAAUCCAGAUUAUUGUGGUUUUGGGUCGAUAUAAGCUACAGAGCAAAUCAAGACGAAUGAAUCUUUAACCCCAAAGGUCUGAACCGUUCUCUAUCUCAUGAAUAAAACUUUAUAGCUUUAUCCGCUUCUGUCUGAACGCCUUACUGGAAACCUGCCGACUGCAACGCACACGGAACCGAACCUUGUCAUCAGAACCGAACCGGGUCAUCAGAACCGAACCGGGUCAUCAGAACCGGCCCGGAGCAGAACCCAGGGAGUUCUGUUCAGGAAUAUCACUCACUAACUCCACGUUAACAUCUGGUCUGAGUCGACUUUAGCUCAGAGGACAGAAACAAAUAUGAACCGUUUGUUUUUUAACUGUUUUUAUAUCUUGUUGUUUCUGUGCUAAUUUGUGCUUUUAUUGCAUUUCAUUUGAAAACACCUGUGCUAAUCUCCUUUACUUUAAUGUGUGUGUGUGUGUGUGUGUUGUAUAUAAACAUACAGUAUUGUAGUUUUCUAGUUAAGAGUGUGGAAUCAUAAAGGAAUCAGGUUUGUGUAAAAAUCACUCCAGUAGAUGAAAAGAUUCAGAAAUAAAGAACUGGAUGAAACCAG